GGCAACGUUUGCCGUCCGGCGUGCCGAUUCACGCUCUCUGUCGUAUCAAUCGAAUUUUGACUGUAUUUUGAGCAAGUUCAAGCACGCCGCGCUUAUUGAAAGGCUAUUUAUUCGAUUGCUACUUAACGCUAUUUUACGACGUUUAUCUUUAUAAGCGCAUACCCAACGGAGCCGUGUUAGUUGCGAAUCUCGCUACCCUUCGUUCACGACAUAAAGACGUUUUCUUAUAAACCGAAAGGAAAAUCGACAGAGACUGCGAGAUCCGUCGCGCAGCUUCUUCAACGGCAUUUAUAAGGAGCAACAUUUUAUUUAGCAUCAGCAUAGAGCAGCAGGCGUCAGAGCAUAUUAGCGAUCCGUAAGACGGAGAGAGAGCCGAUGCGAUAUUAUAGUAUAAGCAGAGUGUCCUUAGUCUGCUCUUCAAAGAUAUUUGAACAUAAACAACGCGAGAGACAGUCCUAUCUCUGUCCACGUUGUAUACAGUAUAAUACAUUGGAAUAAAAAUAUUAUAACGCUCUCGGCACGCCGCUAUUAUAAUACAAUUAAAAUCACUCGCGUAUUAUAUGUAUUUAUCAUACAUAUAAUAAACUGACAAUUUCGUAUUAUAAAAUCGAAAUUCGGCAAAUUUCGAGAUCUAUCACGUAUAUGAGAUAUACAGAUUGUACACAGGAGCCAUCGACGUUCUAAGUUAAUAAUUAUUGUUCAGGAAUCGAUUCGAUAAAUUCAAUUUCUCUCUCUCUUUCUUUCGGUUGUUUCGUUUUCACUUUUGUGUGCUGUUACCAACAAAACCGAAAGACUCUUCCAGAGCGAGGAAGCUUAAAACCUAAUCUCGUGAUCCUUAAAAAUCAUCCAUCAGAUUCGGACGAAAAAGUAAAUCUAAUAAAGUGGCUGUGAAAAAGUCGUCAAACGAGCGUCGCAAGAGCGUGCGCGUCAAAAUGAGUCUGAAGCAAACGUCAAACGCCGUAGCAAACACACUCAGAUUAUUGAGCCUCAUCCAUCAGCGACCGCAGCUUCAGCAUCAGCAGCAAGAAAAACAGCAACAGCAGCUUCAGUAUCAACAGCAAGAAAAUCAGCAACAGCAGGUAAACCGUCGGAAGCGCAAACGUCAGGGGAAACGACGUGCGCGGACGUCUGGUCAGCAGCAGCAGCAGCAGCAGCAGCAGCAGCAGCCGCAGCAACCGCAGCAAGAACAGCCGCAGCAGAAGAAGCAGCAGCAGAAAAAGCAACAGCGACACCGCCGACAACGACGUCGAUCACGGGUCGGUCCAAGGGGUGCACCGAAGCUCGAUUUGACCCUAGCUCAGCAAACCAAACCUUAUCAUAGGAUUAAGCGUGCGGCUAAGGAUCAACCCCGACCCAUUAGCUGGCUCGCUUUUCGAGACGACGCGAUUAUCUCUAUGUCGAUCGGCGGUGAAGUAACCGACGCCUCGAUCGUCGAGGUUGGCCGCUCGAGACCUCAAUACCAGUACAGCCGAGAGGAGCUCAUGAAAAUCAAGUUGCUACCCAGGUCCAAUCGCAAACCCGACUGCCUUGAUUCCAGCUAUUUCAACGCCCGUGGGGUUUGGGACCCGGAACGCUGGCACGAGUCGCGUGGACGAAACGAGCGAUCCGUCACCAGCUCGAUGGUGUCCUCGAACACGUCCGGAAUCGGCACGAACAGCGAUGACAGCACAAAGCCGCGACGCAGUGGUGACCCUCGCGAGAGGAUUCGCAAAGAACAGGACGGCAUCGUCCUAAGUCCCCAACGUCGGAGCUUUAAUUCUGGCUGCUUUGUUAACGUCACGGAGGCUAGCGCGACAACCGUCACCGUCAAGCGUUCAGUUAGCCCCAUCGGCAAAGCUGACGUCAGACUGUCUGCAGAGCUGAGCCAUCGUGACGCUACCAGGCGCAUCGGGAGCGGGCGUAUUCUCACUCGAGACCUCUCUCGUGACAUGUGGGACUUCCGGAGUGACGCUGAAAAGCAUGAAUCGGAUUACGGCUACAGAUCGAGCGAUCGUGAUCGCGACCGAAACAUCGGUGGUGGAUUGCGUGAUCGCGAUCGUGAUCGAGAUCGCGAUGAUCGCUUUGAAAGGCGUUCCUUUGGUCGCGAUUACGACCGUGCCGGAGAUCGUGCAGGAGAUCGUGAUCGUCUCGACCGUAACGACAGGGACAAGGAUCGGCGAGAACGUCGAAGCUACGGCGAUCGCGAUCGUGACCGUGAUCGUGAUCGUCGCCGUACUUUCAGUGAUAACCGUGAUGAAGAGCCUGAGUGGUUCAGUUCAGGACCGACUUCUCAACACGACACCAUUGAAUUGCGUGGUUUUGACGACAUACCAGAGGAAAAGUCUAUCUCGUCUUCUGCUAAGAACAAAAAACAAUCGCCUGCCCAGAAAAAGCGCAACAAAAAGAUAACUUAUGAAAAAGAGGAAAAAGCUGCUGCUGCGGCUGCGGCUGCAGCUGCGGCCGCUGCUGCCGCCUCCACUGCUCCGUCUCAAGGGACAGCCAAUAACAAACACGAUGGCGGUACUGGUGGUAUCAAAGGUCGUAAUACACCAACAUCUUUGGAUAACUCGUCUUCAACUGCUGCGGCACACUCACCUGUUUCGAAGCAAGACGAUUCUAACAGCCAGAAAGAAAAGUCGAAUGAUUCAAGCAAAGUGUCUAAUGCUUCUUCCGAAGCAGCUUCAGCUGAUUCUGAUAAAAAAGACUUCAAAGAUAACAACUUCAAUCUCGAAGAGUUCCUCCAAGCUGAUACUGUGGACCUUCUUUCUAACGGGGCUGGAGCAGGUGAAAAGUCGGGUUCGCGUUUCAGUCAGUGGUUCCAGCGAGAAAGUCCGCCGCUGUCAAAUCAACAAAACCAACAAAUGGACCCUAUGCGGUCCUCUAUUCAAGAAGAACUUCUGAAUAAUUUGCUCAACGAUUCAUCUGAGAAAAUACCAUCGGUGACUGAAUCUAGUGCUUUCUUUGCUCCAAUCGCACCAGCUGCCAAUACUCCUGCCAUGUCUCAGCAUCGUCAUUCUCAACAACCAUCAGAUGGUACAGGAUUUAAAUUGCUUGAAAUGUUGCAAAGAAAUAAUAAGCCUAGUCAAAAUGGUCAAGGUGAUGCAGCAGGAAACAAUCUUAUGUCCAUGCUUAAUAAGAAUCCACCCAAAGAAAUGGGUGGUGGAGCUAAGAAGAUUGUUAGUCUUGAGGAAUUAGAAGCUCGAAUGCGAGGCGGUAUGCCUUCACAACAGUCUGAGCCACCGAAACCAAAUAAAUCCAAAGAAGAUAUGACUGCUUUCAAAAAAUUGCUUGCUCAAGUAAGUGGUGGACAAGCAGUACCUGCAACUAAUGGCCCAGGUCCUCAGCAAAAACAUCAGAUGCCUCCUCAAAAUAUUCAACCCAUGACUUUGAUGCAGCUUUUGAAUUCUCAAAUGAAAAAUCCUCAACCACCAGUAAUGACACCUCAGCAAGUAGCCCGCUCACCGUCCGAGCCUCCUAUGCCAGUACCACAAUCAUUCAACCAUGUAGGUCCCUUGGGACCGGUACAAAAUCAUCAUCAAUCUCAAAUGCAGCAUGAAAAUCUGAUGAAAGUACUGCAUAUUCAACAACAGCAACAACAGCAACAUCAACAUCAACAUCAACAUCAACAUCAACAAAAACAACGACAGCAUAAUGAAAUGUUGUCAAUGAUGAUGCAAAAUGCAGCACAGCAGCAGCAGCAACAACAUCACCAGAGAAUGAUUGGCGCUAGUCCCUUACCACCUGAUAUACAAAUGUUAGUUAAUAAUGCUUCAGUAACAAGAGAACUGUUGGCUAGACCUGAAGCUGAAGCUAUUAUCACUGGUAUGCAUCGAGGUGAAAUAACUAGGCAACAUCUUGUUCAGCAACUACAACAAAAUCCUGCUAUGCAGCACCGUCACAGAGAAGUUUUGGCUAGUAUUCUAAAAAUCCAUGGUGGUAUGACACCACGUACUACUAGUCCUCAUUCAAAUGCUCCUAUGCCUCAAGAUCCAAUGUUGCAACAAAUGAUUUAUCAACAACAGCAGAGGAUGACGUCACCAUUGAAUAACAUGAUGGGUGCUCGUGUACCAUCGCCGCGAGAAUUAGUAGCCCACUCUCAGAAUAUACUACAAAAUGCUUUGAUGAAGAAAAAGUUGGAAGAACAAAACUAUCGUAAACGUCAAGACCUACACCCGUCAGGGCCAAAUCCUUCGGCCAAUCCACAAAGAUCUGCUACUCCAGUAAAUAUUCCAGCUAAGCCAUCAAUCAGUCCAACGCCGUUAGCAUUCACACCAACUUCGGUGUUAAGGAAAAUGACUGCUGACAAGGAACCAGAGGUAUCAGCAGUUGGAUGUGGGUUGCAAGAUGUUAUUAAACUGCCGACCCCACAGCAUCAACAGCAAAUGCUCGCUCAGUUAGCACGGCAGCAUCCAAUGCAACAGCGGCCAGCUGGUACGCCUUCUGGUCAGCAACCGCCUUUGCCACCACCAUCACAGCCACAACAACCGCCAAAACAACAACCACCACAACCACAGCAACAGCUAUCCAACUGGGCUGUUGGUCCUAAUUCUCAAAUCAAGCAACAUCCUGGUCGACCGAUCGUCAAAGGAAGUACAUCGUCACAGAUGUCGCAAGCACAAGGACCUCAACAACAGCAACAGCAGUCAAUGCCCUCGCAAUUUCCGUAUGAAUUCUCACAACAGCAGCAGCAACAACAACAACAACAACAACAACAACAACAACAGCAACAGCAACAGCAACAACAACAACAGCAACAGCGUAACCCUCAAGGCAUAUUUGGUAGCAACGUGCGAUCAAAACACACCUUGCCACCCCAACAACCACAGUUCCCACCUCAGCAAUCGAAUCAUCAACGAGCGCCACAGCAACAACCAGCGCAAGUUGAUUCAAUUAAACAGAUGCAGCGUAUAAGUAUGCAAAUGCAAGAGGAACUAGUUAUUCAACAACAACAGCAGCAACAGAUGAGAAUUAAUAGUCAGCAAAAUGUGAGACAAGAAUUUCAUUCGAGACAAGAUAAUAGACCAAUGCGCCCGCAACAAUUGAAUAUUUCAAUCAAUCGAAAUCAGAAUUCAGCUCUGUCGAAUUUCUUGGGUGGCAGUGGAAAUGGAAAUGGUGGAGACUUGUCACCUACCUCAAAUCAAUUAGCUCGUUGGUUCAGUCCAGAACUACUCGCUCAAGCUCGGGCUGGAAAAUUGCCCGAGCUUCAACCUUCCAACGUGUUAUCUCUUGAGGAACUCGAACGAUUGCAACAUGCAUCAACAACAGUACACAAUUGAAACAAUGUUCUAUUUUAGUAGUUUUUUUGCAAAUAGUUCUAUGUGACUGGUAGCGAGAUAUUCUGUAAAACGUUUAUUGUAUUAAGUUGAAUUGGAUGAGAGGUUAUAAAUAAUGUUGAAAACGAAUCGAUCGUGAAGUUCCAGUGUUGUUGAAGAGUAAAAUAAUUCUGUUUUUGAUUAUUCAAUUUAUAUCUACAUUGAAAAAUUGGAAAAAUUGGACUUAAAAAUGUCCUCCACCGACAACACAUUCCUGACUUUUGCAGAUGUAUCAUAUUGUUGUAGUUAAUUUGUGCGAAAAAAAAUUUAGAUUGUUAUAGCAACGCUAUGUUGGAUAAACAAACCAUUUUAAAUACUUGCUUUUGUAAUGAUAAUAUUUUUGCCAGAGAGUUUUAAUAUAAGUUGAACAUUUUUAUAAAAACGUCUCUCUUUUAAUUUAUAACUCACGAAAAAAAUGUUAUACUAUCGAAUACACUUGAGUACAAUAUCUCGCUUUCAAUCGCAUACUUAUGCAGUUGGCUAAAAUUUGUAUUUAUCAUAAUAUGAAGAGUUUAUCAACUCGUAAAAUAUUUCAUUGAAAAAUUUAAAAGGGACUCUAAGGUACAAACAUAAAAUUCAAGCAAGAAAAAAUUGUUAGACGAUCUUGCAAUAAUUCUUUGAGUAUUCAUGAAUAUUACGGAAAAUAGUAA